AUGAGCGGAAUGGACAUGCUCAACGCUGCUGAGCAGCGCGAGCUGCAGGGACGAAUGGAGAGGAAGCAGAUGAAAGACUUCAUGAACAUGUAUUCGAAUCUUGUCCAACGAUGCUUCAACGACUGUGUCAGCGACUUCACGUCAAAGAGCCUUCUGGGUAAGGAGGAGGCGUGUGUCAUGCGAUGCGUCGACAAAUUCCUGAAGAGCUCCGAGCGGUUAGGAGAGAGAUUCCAAGAGCAGAAUGCACAGAUGGCACAACAAGGCGGCAUGGGCAUGGGAAGAUAG